CCUCUGUCUUUCUCCCGGGUUAGGGGGAAGCUCCCUCCCGGACCCGGAGCCCGUUUAGCCGUAGUGGGCGAGCCUCUUUAUGACCCGCUGCCCCUCGCCGUCGCCCGCCGCCCCGGGCCGGACCGGACCGAGGCGCUCGCGGGGCUCGGUCCCCUCGCCCCCCGGGGCAGAAGCGGCCCGGGGAGUUUUGUUGGAAGUUGCAAAGUCCUGGAGCCUCCAGAGGGCUGUCGGCGCAGUAGCAGCGAGCAGCAGCGUCCGCGCGCUCCGGCGAGGGGCAGACGAGCUCGAGGGAGCGCGGGACAGCGGGAGCUAAAGCCGAGCGCGGACCGACCCGGGACCCACCGCCGUCCCCAGGCCGCCCAGCAGAGCCCCAGCCAUGGCACACCAACUCUUAUGCUGCGAGGUGGAGACCAUCCGCCGGGCAUACCCCGAUGCCAACCUCCUCAACGACCGGGUGCUGCGGGCCAUGCUCAAGGCGGAGGAGACCUGCGCGCCCUCGGUGUCCUACUUCAAGUGUGUGCAGAAGGAGAUCCUGCCGUCCAUGCGGAAGAUCGUGGCCACCUGGAUGCUGGAGGUCUGUGAGGAGCAGAAGUGCGAGGAAGAGGUCUUCCCGCUGGCCAUGAACUACCUGGACCGCUUCCUGUCGCUGGAGCCCGUGAAAAAGAGCCGCCUGCAGCUGCUGGGGGCCACCUGCAUGUUCGUGGCCUCCAAGAUGAAGGAGACCAUUCCCCUGACGGCCGAGAAGCUGUGCAUCUACACUGACAACUCCAUCCGGCCCGACGAGCUGCUGCAAAUGGAGCUGGUCCUGGUGAACAAGCUCAAGUGGAACCUGGCCGCGAUGACCCCGCACGAUUUCAUCGAGCACUUCCUCUCCAAAAUGCCCGUGGCCGAGGAGAACAAACAGAUCAUCCGGAAGCACGCGCAGACCUUCGUCGCCCUCUGUGCCACAGACGUGAAGUUCAUUUCCAACCCGCCUUCCAUGGUGGCAGCGGGGAGCGUGCUGGCCGCGGUGCAAGGCCUGCCCCUGGGGAGCUCCAACAGCUUCCUGUCCUAUCCGCGCCUCACCCGGUUCCUCUCCAAAGUGAUCAAGUGUGACGCGGACUGUCUCCGGGCGUGCCAGGAGCAGAUCGAGGCCCUGCUGGAGUCCAGCCUGCGCCAGGCCCAGCAGCAGAGCCUAGACCCCAAGGCGGCGGAGGAGGAGGAGGAGGAGGAGGAGGCCGACCUGGCCUGCACACCCACCGACGUUCGAGACGUGAACAUUUGAGGGCGCGCACGCGUGGCGCGGGAGGGGCCGGCCCCGGGUGCUCCCUGGACAGGACCGCUCCUCGCCAGGACCGGUCACGACCAGAAGGGAAAGCUUCCUUCUCCUUUACUGUCGGUUUUUUUCCUUUGCUCUUUCUCCCUUUCGUCUCUGACAUAAGCAAAAGAAAAAAAAAGUAUCCGAGAAGCUGUCUUUAAAAAAAAAAAAAAAAAAAGAAAAGAAAAAAAAAAGGAGAGAAAAAAAAUAGUAUUUGCAUAACCCUGAGCUGGGGGGAGGGGGUGGGGGGAGGCUGUGCUACAAAAAUAGAGAAUCUUACACCCCAUAAUCAACUAGGUCGUACGCGAACGUGUUUGUGUCUCUGUGUCGUAAGGAUAGGCAUUAACACAAGGAACAAGUCUGCAGGGGAGGAUUAGAUUUGAUUCUUUCUGUGUUUAAAACAAAACGACGGCAAAAAAAAAAAAAAAAAAAAAGCAUGAAAACACGGUAAAAACGAGAGAAAAGCCAAGAAACCAUUUCUGAAGCGGAAGAGGGUCGUAGGCAGCAAACGUGUUCGUGUGCUGUUCUGAAGGAGCACAGCUUUAAGGCGGUUCUAGGCGUCCCACAACUCGCUUGCUUGGGCAUGUAGUCACUUUAUGAGUAAGUCAUUUGUGCGCGUUCAUUUUAUCCCGUAGGUAGGCGCGUAACCUCCUCACCUGUCAGUGGCUGGCGUAACCUCGGUCAGCGUAGCGUAGAGCUCAGCACGGCCGCGUGCUAACCCUCCCUCCGCCUGUGGCCCGACCCGGGGCGGGUGGCCGGGCACCGGCCGGCGUGGCGGCCACAGAAAUCCAGCUCUGACUCCUGGCCUGCGCUACUGUAAAAGAGAACCCGCCACCGCGACGUAAUAUAUUCUAUUUUUAUAAUCUUCAUAUUUUUGUAGAGGCCUGUUUAGGAGAUGCCGGUUUCUCACCCCACAGACCCACAGCCUGCUCACGUCCAGGUGAAAUCCACGGCUCCUUCCCCGCCCCCCCUUCUCAAUACUCUAGAACCAUUUUCCCUCUUCAAUGUUCUAGAACCAUUUCUCCUCUUUAAUGUUCUAGAACUCCUUUUCCUGUUUAACGUUAAGUUCUAGAACCAUUUUCCCUCUCCAGUGCUCUAAAACCAUUUUUUCCUUCUCGAUAUUCUAGAACCAUUCCAUUUCAAAGCACUUUCAACGCAUCUCUCUGUUUAUGUUGUGUGUGGAGGGGGGGGCAGUUUCUUAAUGGAAUGGUUUGGGAAUAUUCACGUACUUGGGUGCAGACGGGAUUGCAAGGCAAGUGCAUGUCACUGUGGAGUUAGCGAGAGGGGGUGUUCUCGAAGGCGAGCUUCCAGUCAAGAAGUGCAUUCUUACAUUGCCAGGAUGAUGCGUUUCUUUCUCUGUAGGGUAGUGUAAGUUUAGGAAUCCCUUGGUGCCAACUGGUGUUUGAGAGUAGGGGCCUUUAAAGGUUUACCUCGAGAAGGUGUAGUUUAAGGGUUAGGAAGGUUUUGAAACACUAAAAUAUAUAAUUUAUAGUUAAGGCUAAAAAGAAUAUUUAUUGCAGAGGAUGUUCGUAAGGCCAGUAUGAUUUAUAAAGUAAUGUAAUCUCCCCUUGAUGUAAACACACACACACACACACACACACACACACACACACCUUUCUGCCUUUGGGGUUAUGGGUUUCACACGGUGUAUAACCGUUAGGUCCUUUUUUAUAGGAGAGAGAACAAAAGUCCUGAGGAAAAAAACACAGCAUGGAUUGUGCCGUUUGGUUCCCAGGGCGGGAACCCGAUCCGAGAGGCAUCAGUUAGGCGGAAAAUUAGGGUACUCGAAACCAGUUCAGCGCCCCCCCCCCCCACAUUCUUGUCCCCUCGUCCCCUCCUUUCAAGAAAGGUUAGCAACCCGUAGACAAUUUGCACAUCUUGGCUGUGUACCUUUUUUGUAACGACUGCGUAGGGAGCGUCGGGAGGUAGCGAGAGCACAGGGCUGGUGCUUGGCGAGGGCGCGAGGUGCGUGUGCGCGGAGGGCUGAGGGCGGGACCACGCGACGGGCAGGCUGCCGCUCCGCUUCCUGAUUCGCUGCUACCGAUGACUUCCCAGCACCCGGUUUGGAAAACAGAUUCACGUUGCUUUUCUGUGUCUCUUUCACAUUGUUUUGCUGCUAUUGGAGGAUCAGUUUGUUUUGUUUUGUUUUACGAUGUCAUAUACUGCCAUGUUCUAGUUUUAAUUUUCUCAUAGAAAAAUGUAUUAAGGAUGCCUUUUUUUUUUUGUAGAUUUUUUUUUUUUAUGUGAUCAAUUUUGACUUAAUGUGAUUACUGCUCUAUUCCAAAAAGGUUCCUGUUUCACGAUACCUCAUGCUUCUCUUAGCCAUGUGUAGACCAGGCGGUCAGGCCCCGUCUGGCCCGCGGCCUCCUGCUUCGGCAAACAGACACGCAGACGGGAUCCCCAAACGGGCCCGGCGGGAUGGGCUCCGGGCCGCGUUCGUGCGCGCAGCCCGGCAUCCCCGAGGCCCGGGUCACGUCCGCCUCCUCCUCCCUGCGCCUGUGAUGCUGGGCUGUCCUCCUGACCUGGGACGUACCACCACUGUGGUUUUUACAGCCGUGUCGUUCUUUGCGUGUAGCUAUGAAAGUUGCAUUAUUAUAAUUAUCGUGACGAGUGUGUCCUGACGUGCCGCGUGGUGCUGUGCUGCGGGGCUCCGUCACUCUGGACGCUCAGAGCGGCUUCGGGACCGGGUUACAGCUCCGGCCGUGUGGCAUCUGUCAUUCUGUGCCCGCGUUUUCUGUGUGUUGCUCUCUUCAGUACAGCGUGAUGCUAAUGUCAAAGGACUCCAAGCCUCAGUGAGGCCAGCUAACAGCGCCGUGUUCCCAUGUCGCCUGGCACGCUGCUCGACUCCAAGGAUUUGCACCAUCUGCGGCCCCUGCCCCAGCGGGGUCAGCCUGUGUGCUCCCAGGCCAUUGGCAGGCCCCGAACCCGCCCCGCCCCGCCCCGCCCCUGCAGGAGCACUGCCUCCGCUUACCUCAACCCUUGUGGCUGCGGCAUCUCUGUGUCUGAACCAAACGGGGCCCUUGAGGGACGGUCUGUCCUGGUGGGGGGGGUGUGAACGUCGUGUGUGCUCAAAGGCCGUGGCCGGUCCGGGGAGCACAGCGGAGUCUGUCCUGUGACCAGCAAGUCUGUGAGGGUCUCUUGGUGGGUGGGCAGCUGUGGUCUGUGUGUAUUUCGGUUGCACCCUGCGGCGUUUCCCAGCACAGACGUGUAACCGGCACGUUGCCAGCAGAAAACAAAAGACAAACGUGAAAAGUCUAGAAAUAAAAUUGGUAAAACCCC